AUGAGUAAUUCCGUCCCGGAUCUCGACGCCGUCGGCAUCAAAGCCGAGCACGAUCUGGCCGAUCAAUUCCGUCGCGAGGUCGCUCAGCUCCUCGGCCGCAACAACCUCAACUUCCCCGGCGCACAACCUGUCAGCUUCUCCAGUCGCCACCUCACCGAGCUCCAGCGUCAGGACUAUUAUGUUUGCGAAAAGACGGACGGCAUCCGCUGCCUGAUGUACUUUGCGCGCGGGGACCCCGAGUCUGGGAAUGCGGAAAUCCACUACCUGAUCGACCGCAAGAACGACUAUCGUUACGUGCCGGGCCUGCAUUUCCCACUUCCCGGCGACGACUCCUUCCAGUCAUUUCAUGUCGACACCCUGGUGGAUGGCGAAUUGGUGAACGAUACCUAUGAUGAUGGGACGCAACAGCUGAAGUACCUCGUCUUCGACUGCCUGGUGCUGGACGGACAACCCCUGAUGCACCGCACGCUGGACAAGCGGUUGGCGUAUUUCAAGGAGAAGGUGCUCAAACCCUACAACGCGCUUUUUGAGCGCUUCCCCGAGGAGAAGGCGCACCGCGUCUUUGCCGUCGAGGACAAAUCCACCCAGUUCAGCUACGGCAUCGAGAUGAUGUUCCGCGAGAUCAUCCCCAAGGUCAAGAAAAUCCACGGCAACGACGGCCUCAUCUUCACCUGUCGUAGCACCCCCUAUCGCAUUGGCACCGACGAGCACAUCCUCAAGUGGAAGCCCCCGGCCGAGAACACCAUCGAUUUCCGCCUGCGGCUCGAGUUCCCCACCCUGGAGCCUGACUCCGAUGACGAGGCCGACGGCAUCACCGAGCCCUACCCGGACUACGACGCCCUGCCCAUCUUCCACCUGUUCGUCGGUCUCAAUUCCAACGAGUACCGCUUCUUCGGCGAGAUGUUCGUCACUCCUGCGCAGUGGGAGGAGAUGAAGGCGCUCGGGCAGCCCCUCGACGACUCCAUCGUGGAGUGCUCCAAGGACGAGCAAGGCCGGUGGCGCUUCCACCGCAUUCGCGAUGACAAGGCCGACGCGAACCACAUCUCCACCGUCGAGAAAGUCCUCGAAAGUAUCCAGGACCGCGUCACGGAGGAUGAUCUCAUCCGCUUGGCGCCGGCCAUCAAGACCGCCUGGAAACGACGCCAGGCGCAAAUGAUGGAAGACGAGGAGCGGAAACGGAGGGCCGCCCGACAAGCGCCACAUGCGAACGGGAAUGGGGUGAAGAGGAAGUUCGAAGACUCAUAA